AUGGCCGGUCCAGGUGGAGGUCCUUCGAGGCGCAGCCACACCAAGUCCCGAAAGGGUUGCAAGACUUGCAAGAGGAGGCAUAUUCGGUGUGACGAGACAUUUCCGCAAUGUCGGAACUGUACCAAACAUCAGGUUCGCUGCGACUACAUGGACAAUCCGACUGCCAUGAUGCCAGAGUCUCCCCAAUCUCCCCAGCAGCCCAACUUGCUCUGGACUCCAGAGAUCGAGACUACGAUUGAGCUGUGGAGGCAGACUGGCGAGUUUCCCUUUCCAGAACUACGUGUAUAUCCGCAACCUCAAUGGCGCGCAUAUACAAAGACCGAGCUGCGUUUGAUCCACCACCUUACGUCCAUCUCAAACGAGAUGUUCCGAAACAGGACAUCGACAAUGACUCUCUGGACAGAUAUGAUGCCCAAGUUUCUGAGCAUUGCAGCGUCAUAUCCUUUUGUCAUGAACUCUAUCCUUGCCUUCUCUGCGUCUCACUUGGCAUGGAUCUCUCAGUCAAACGAGACCCGAAAUCUGGCGUUUCAUCAUGCGAGCAUCGCCUUGAAGGGGUUGCACGACGGCAUCACUAACUUUACGAAACUGAAUUCGGAUGCGGUGCUGGCAUCAUCCCUUCUGCUUGCAUGGCAGGCUACCGACUGGAGAGGCUGGGCUUCGCUUGUGACGGGAACCAAGACAGUCAUUCGGUCUAUGCAAUCAUGGAGACACGAGUCACUCUUCGCCGACUACAUUGCUGAGCACACGCCAAUGCCCGCUCGCCACUUUAUCAAUCCGACCAACACACCCAUUUCCCAGGAAAUGAGAAGAGAGCACUUGACCAUCAUCGCGAACAUGAACGCUUCCCUGCAGCGAGUUCAGCCAUACCUGAAUCGAAACGACCAAGAAAUCAAGUGGGUCGACCAGCUGAAAGGCUAUCUUGAUCGGUUGAGCACAUCGAACCAGCCGCAAACCCCAGAGGAACAGUUCAACCAACUGUAUGCCCUCCGCAAAUGGCUUUUCUGGGUCCCGAUCUCGCUCUUAGCGGCGAAGCGCGGUGAUGUCAACGUCCUUGUUGUUCUCGCACAUUUCUAUGGCACCGCGUUAGCACUGGAAGCUAUGUUUCCAGAUGUCGCGUCCGUCUUUGUUGCAGACAUGUCUCUGCGCCCAUUAGAGGAGAUUGUCCACGUAAUCCAGGGGUAUCAAGAUCCUCGCUACGACACGAUGACACAGACCAUGGCCUAUCUAGCUGGGUAUCCGUUUGAUUUGGUAUCAUCCUACAAGGCACGACGAGACUGGCUGAGGCAACAAACCACAGAAUCCCCUACCAUCCACCAGUCUCCUUAUGCAAUGGAGUCGAUGAAUCUGGAUCUCGGUAAUCACAUUGCGCAGCACAGUUACGGCCAGAGCCUGAGUCCGGCCUUUGCUCCUUCGCCUCUGACGUUCCUCCCCCCAGCGCUGGCGUCGACGCCAACCUCCCCCUACCUCGAAGUCCCAAGAGCAGCAGUCGAUGUGUACAGCACGAACAACUACGCGGCUCCACUUACUUCGUCUCCUGCGAUGAUGGCGCCCUAUGCGGCGCCGCAAGGUCAUGCACCGAACUAUGGUGUACCUAAUAUGACGGGAUAUUCCAGCGGGUUCGUGGCUACACCUAUCUGGACGUAA